GGAGGCGGAGGUGAAAGACUGGGAGGCGGAGAACAGAAUGAGCGGGUCGGGACAGCUGAAGGAUGCGGAUUACGGUAGCCCGCCGGCCAGCCUGCCUACCGACGAUGGUUCCGGUCGUUUGACAAGAGGAUGUGCGGAGAAAACGACGCGGGCCUGCGGUUUGUUGAUGCACUGAGCCCGGUUGGGGGAGCCUGUGAUUUACUACCCGUCGCCUCAAAUUAUCUGUGACACCGAGGGCUGCCUCAUUUAAUUAACUAGCUUACAUGUUGCACUGUAAAAUUCAGUUCUCCACUUAAUGUCAAGAGAAAAAAAACACAGUGGACCCGUUCUCUCUUAAUGUCUGGGGUUCAGCUGCCAUCAUGGGUUUAGCCGUCGUUUUAGCAUCGUCGCCACCUGAUCUCUCCUCCCGUGUCGCUGCGGACUGGAUGUCAAAUUGAACGGAGUCGAAACACACCGAGAUUUACAACUUCAGCGCGUUUCAACAUGGAGGCGUCGACGGCACGGCCUCGCUGGCUGACAGCUCUGUUUGUAUGGACGACGCUGUGUCUGAUCAGCAGCGGUCAAUCCGCGCCGGACGCCUCGGGCCUGCCUCUAGCCAUCCGCGUGCCACUGCGGCAAGGCGCCCGCGCCGAGCCGUCCCCGCAGCGGCCACCUGCCGCCGUGAACCGCGAGCGCGGCGACGCGGGGAAGUACCGUGCGCGCAGGCGGAGAGGGGCGGCAGCGGGCGGUGUCAGCUUCGUGGACAUGAUUGACAACCUGCGUGGGAAGUCCGGCCAGGGAUACUACGUGGAAAUGGCCGUGGGCUCUCCUCCGCAGAAGUUGAACAUCCUGGUGGAUACAGGAAGCAGUAACUUUGCUGUUGGUGCAGCUGCUCACCCCUUCCUGCGCAGAUACUACCAUCGCUCACUCUCCAACUCAUACCGUGACCAGGGCAGGAGUGUAUAUGUGCCAUACACUCAGGGUCGCUGGGAGGGGGAGCUGGGCACUGACCUCGUCUCUGUCCCGCACGGCCCGAACGCCACCCUCCGGGCCAACAUUGCUGCAAUCACCCAGUCGGAUCGCUUCUUCAUCAAUGGGUCCAACUGGGAGGGAAUCCUGGGGCUGGCCUAUGCUGAUAUAGCUCGGCCUGAUGAGACACUGGAGCCUUUCUUCGACUCUCUGGUUCGCCAGACUCCUGUCCCCAACCUCUUCUCUCUCCAGUUGUGUGGAGCCGGCUUCACUCAAAACUACUCCCUGGGCAGCGCUACUGUGGGCGGCAGCAUGAUCAUCGGAGGAGUGGACCCAUCACUCUACGUGGGAGAACUCUGGUACACUCCCAUCCGCAGGGAGUGGUACUACGAGGUUAUUAUCGUACGAAUUGAGGUGAAUGGACAGGACCUCAACAUGGACUGUAAAGAGUACAACUAUGACAAGAGCAUUGUGGACAGUGGCACCACCAACCUUCGACUGCCUAGAAAAGUUUUCCAGGCUGCAGUCAAGGCUAUUGAAGCAGCCUCAUCGACAGAACAGUUCCCCUCUGGGUUCUGGCUAGGGGAGCAGCUGGUAUGUUGGCAGGCUGGCACCACACCCUGGCACAUCUUCCCAGUCAUCUCCCUCUACCUGAUGAGUGAAACCCACAACCAGUCCUUCAGAAUCUCCAUCCUACCACAGCAAUACCUGCGGCCGGUUGAGGAUGUUGCCUCUGCCCAAGAGGACUGCUACAAGUUUGCCGUGUCCCAGUCUAGCACCGGCACAGUGAUGGGGGCUGUCAUCAUGGAAGGCUUCUACGUGGUCUUUGACCGAGAGAAGAAGCGCAUCGGCUUUGCUGUUAGCACCUGCCAUGUGCACGAUGAGUUUCGCACAGCCUCUGUGGAGGGACCGUUCCACGGUGUCGACCUGGACGACUGCGGCUACAACAUCCCUCAGACGGACGAGUCCACUCUCAUGACCAUCGCCUACAUCAUGGCGGGAAUCUGCGCUCUCUUUAUGCUGCCGCUAUGUCUCAUGGUGUGCCAGUGGCGCUUUGCCCGCUGCCUCCACCCAAACGGGGACUUUGCUGAUGACAUAUCACUCCUUAAGUGAUGGGCAGGGGGCUCGUAGAGACCCACACUGGAAAUGUAGGACAGAGAUGGAUUGUGAUAAAAGGGAUGUACUUCGUUACAAAAUGUUGGUUCUGUUGAAAGAGAGUUUUGAGAAUGUUCUUCAGGAAUAUAAUAUUUAAAGUAUAGAAAAUGCUGACAUACAGUGAAUACACAGCAAACCGUGCGGCCCUCAAAUUGGAAAGCACUUGAGGAUAACUAGAGCCAUCACUAACCCGGAGGACAAACAAGAGAAAGUUGGCAUCAGCAGCGUCAACUUUGCCUGUUUAAGGCUCCUAUGCAGAUCAGCCUGGUGGAAGGAACUGUACUGGGAAAAUAAAAAAAAAAUCUUAUAGAUAGUGUAUGAAUAGAACACAGACGUGGACUGGAUAUUGAAAGAUUUGUCUUCUAACACUGAAGAGCCCCACACAGAAAAUUAAUUUAAAAAAGGAAAAAAAAAAAAAAACAUGGCUAAAUGAAGAAAACGGUGAGCUGGAUGUGAAUACAAGAUGGGACGUGGGUUGCAAUGGUAUGAUUUGGACACGGGAUUGUGUGGGUACAUGUGCGUUUGUUUAUAGACCUACUGUUUGUGGCUUCUGAGUGAAUGAAACAAGGUCGAUAUGUGUGAGCAUGCCUGUACGUGUGCACAGCUGUACUGUAAGUGAAGAGUAUACAGACAGAUUUAAUGAAAAUGAUACUACUGAAUAUGAAUAGCAUCUAUGAAAUUACACUGUUUUGCAAAUGCCAGCAAAGAAUUCUGCAAUGCAAAUUAAGUCUGCAUAAAGAGGAUACUUUGAUGAAAAAAUCAGAUUGUAACAGCAUUUACUGCAUAAAAUCAGUUUUGCUUUGUGUGAAACUGUGACUACUGACCACAGUUCAGAUGUCACAUUUUCUUCUUUUGAUUGAUAGCUUAAAUAUAUCUAUUGAACACAAAAUCUGUGCAAUCCAGAUCUUCUAUUUGCUCAGGCACACACACACACACACACACACACACACACACACACACACACACACACACACAAAAUACACAGUGCUUAUCCUACUGCUGCACCAUCUGAUGAUUUGUACAUGUAACACAUUACAUGUUAAUAAAGCAAGACUUAAUAGGGCUUCUUUCACAGAUACAGAAACAGCCUAACUCACCACAUCUUUCAAUGGGGACCAUGUAUGCUUGGACAAGGAAACCAGCCCAGAGUAUGUUACACACUAAGGAACACUAUGUAUGUCUACAAGGGGCAGUUUAUAUUGUCUCUCAGCAAGCUGUAAAUAGAUUAACUCAGAACUGUAUAUUUAUCUGUCAGGCGCUGGCAGCACUGUUGAACCAAUAAAGUACUUAUUGUAACUGUAA